UACGUCACUAGGGUCACUAGAAUUGCGGGAAAAUGUGAAGCACAUGGAGUAAUUGAUUGGUGAAAUCAUUAAGGACGGUUAAGUAGUGGUGAACGUCGUGAAAGGGAAAGUUUUUGUGUGGUUGCAGUGCAUUUGACAUGUGUAUAACAUUCUUCAAGAACCUCAACAUUAUCAGCUUGCUGUAGUGGAAACUUGAAUCAGCAAAAUUGCAACGAAAAAGAUUAAGAGGAGCUCUACAAUUAAACCAAAUCAGAAAGUGAUGUCAACACCCAAAAAGAAAACGUCUGCUGAUCCACUGGCUCGGUCACACAAAAGUCUGUCCAGCGUCAGUCCCAUAAGUACCAGUACCACUGGGUCAGACAGCGUGUCUAGCAAGGGAAAGCUGUUCAAGAAAGUGACAGUGUCUCAGGAUGAUGUGGAAUACACUUUUAACAUGUAUUUGCUGGCCCUGGCAACCACCAAAUUACAAGAGAAGGCAUUGUCAGAAGUAACAGCUGAAAAUGAGAACCAGAAACUAAGCUUGCUGUCUGAAGUGGAAAGAAGUCGCAGUCACCUAGGAGCUCUUAAAAAACGUUAUGAAGAAGUUACUUAUCUAUCCCAACAGAGUGAGUUGCUCAGAUGUAAGAAAGAAGAACUGGGACCUCUCAUGGACCUGGUGUCAGAUGGACUAAAAAACACGGAUCUCUUAAAAAAUGCACUAGACACUGGAUUGCCUGUUAAAGGGUUCAAAGCCGAGUCAAAUGCCUGUAGUCUCAAGAAUACAUUAUGUGAUAGCAGUAAGGCGCUGGAGAAGACAUGGGGAGCAACCUGUGAACAUGGGGCACUUUAUGACAAAACAGGCCAAGAAGUAGCAGAUAUUCUAAGUACUUUAACGAGUAUUGCUGAAGCACAAAGGAGAUGUGGUGCAAGUUCAACCGCUCUCAACCAUGAGGUACUGAAAGAAAGUUGCCUCAAAGUUAUGCAGCAAAGGAACAAAAAAUUAUAGGAAAUAUAAUAUUGAGUUAGCCUACAGCUUACCAGUUUGUUUACUUAAUAAUUGUCAAUUAUGACUUAAAAACAAAAUAUACUAACAGUGUUAUUUUGUGUCUUGGGAAAAAAUUAAAGCUACUUAAUUUCUAUAAAAGAAAUACAUAAAAGAUUCAUUGGUUAAAAUUUGUGGCAAAUUGACCUGAUUCCAAAAUUCCCAAUGCAAGUACCACAGUAUUUUGAGACCUACUUAUGCAUGCACAUGUGUAUGUGUUGUGUACAUAUGUGAGAGAGAGCGUGAGACUAUAAAAUAUAUUGGUUAUGGGUGUACAUAUAGUAUGUUAAUUAUAAAAAUUAUCACAUUUGCACAAAUAUAUG